UCCAAGUCAGCGGCGCCUAGUGAGAGUCAGGGGGGCCCGGCCCGCGCCCUCCCCGCCCAGCCGCCUCCCCGUCGACGCCCAGGGCUGGGGCGAGCCAGGCUGCCUUUCGAACUUGGAGGGCUUCUCCUCUUGUCUCCCACUGGUGCUCUGGCUGUGAGUCCAUCCAGGGGCCAGGAUGACAAUCCGACACCAAGGCCAGCAGUACAGGCCGAGGAUGGCAUUUCUCCAAAAGAUUGAAGCACUCGUGAAGGACAUGCAGAACCCAGAGACAGGGGUCCGCAUGCAGAACCAGAGGGUCCUGGUCACCAGUGUUCCUCAUGCCAUGACAGGAAGUGAUGUUCUGCAAUGGAUCGUCCAGCGGCUUUGGAUCUCCAGUCUGGAGGCGCAGAACUUGGGCAACUUUAUUGUCAGGUAUGGCUACAUUUACCCCCUGCAAGACCCCAAGAAUCUCAUUCUCAAGCCUGACGGCAGCCUCUACCGAUUUCAGACACCGUAUUUCUGGCCCACCCAACAGUGGCCAGCUGAAGAUACCGAUUACGCCAUCUAUCUGGCCAAGCGAAAUAUCAAGAAGAAAGGGAUUUUGGAAGAAUAUGAAAAGGAAAAUUACAAUUUCUUGAACCAAAAAAUGAACUAUAAGUGGGACUUUGUCAUUAUGCAGGCCAAAGAGCAGUACAGGGCUGGAAAGGAGAGGAACAAAGCAGACAGAUAUGCCCUGGACUGCCAGGAGAAGGCAUACUGGCUGGUGCACCGAUGCCCUCCUGGAAUGGACAAUGUGCUGGACUAUGGCCUGGACCGAGUGACCAAUCCGAAUGAAGUCAAGAAACAAACAGUCGUUGCUGUCAAAAAAGAGAUCAUGUAUUACCAACAGGCCUUGACGAGGUCCACAGUGAAGUCUUCCGUGUCCCUGGGAGGGAUUGUGAAAUACAGCGAGCAGUUCUCAUCCAAUGAUGCCAUCAUGUCAGGCUGCCUCCCCAGCAACCCCUGGAUCACCGAUGACACCCAGUUCUGGGACUUAAACGCAAAAUUGGUGGAAAUCCCAACCAAGAUGCGAGUGGAGCGAUGGGCCUUCAACUUCAGCGAACUGAUCCGAGACCCCAAAGGUCGACAGAGCUUCCAGUACUUCCUCAAGAAAGAAUUCAGUGGAGAGAAUCUGGGAUUCUGGGAAGCCUGUGAGGAUCUGAAGUAUGGAGAUCAGUCCAAAGUCAAGGAGAAAGCGGAGGAGAUUUACAAGCUGUUCCUGGCCCCGGGGGCGAGGCGCUGGAUCAACAUAGAUGGCAAAACCAUGGACAUCACAGUGAAGGGGCUGAAGCACCCCCACCGCUACGUGCUGGACGCCGCACAAACCCACAUUUACAUGCUCAUGAAGAAGGAUUCUUAUGCUCGCUAUUUAAAAUCUCCGAUCUAUAAGGAAAUGCUGGCCAAAGCUAUUGAACCUCAGGAAACCACCAAGAAAAGCUCUACCCUCCCUUUUAUGCGGCGUCACCUGCGCUCCAGCCCAAGCCCUGUCAUCCUGAGACAGCUGGAAGAGGAAGCCAAGGCCCGAGAAGCAGCCAACACCGUGGACAUCACCCAGCCGGGCCAGCACAUGGCUCCCAGCCCCCAUCUGACCGUGUACACCGGGACCUGCGUGCCCCCGUCUCCUUCUAGCCCCUUCUCCUCCUCCUGCCGCUCCCCCAGGAAGCCUUUCGCCUCGCCUAGCCGCUUCAUCCGGCGACCCAGCAGCACCAUCUGCCCCUCACCCAUCAGAGUGGCCUUGGAGAGCUCAUCGGGCUUGGAGCAGAAAGGGGAGUGCAGCGGGUCCAUGGCCCCCCGUGGGCCCUCUGUCACCGAGAGCAGCGAGGCCUCGCUCGACACCUCCUGGCCUCGCAGCCGGCCCAGGGCCCCUCCUAAGGCCCGUAUGGCUCUGUCCUUCAGCAGGUUUCUGAGACGAGGCUGUCUGGCCUCACCUGUCUUUGCCAGGCUCUCACCCAAGUGCCCUGCUGUGUCCCACGGGAGGGUGCAGCCCUUGGGGGAUGUGGGCCAGCAGCUGCCACGACUGAAAUCCAAGAGAGUAGCAAACUUUUUCCAGAUCAAAAUGGAUGUGCCCACGGGGAGCGGGACCUGCUUGAUGGACUCGGAGGACGCUGGAACAGGAGAGUCGGGUGACCGGGCCACAGAAAAGGAGGUCAUCUGCCCCUGGGAGAGCCUGUGAGGAAAAAGGCAGGCUGAGCUGGAGGCUCUGGACCAGGAAGAUGCUCUGACAGAUGUCAUGGGACCAGGAAGAUGCUCUGACAGGACACACUUGCUCGAGAACCAAAGUGCAUUUGGGUGACAUUUGAGGGUUGGGGAGACAAGAUGGGGUAGAUUGUGGCAAAGAAUGCUCUGGCUGGUUAUCAGGGGCCAACUCCUUCUCCUCCUGACCCUCCCUCCCUUGGGCAGAAGAAAGGCAUGUGGACCAGGAGACUUUCCCUGCUGCCUUAAAACCAAUAAAAGGUUAACUUUAA